CAUCGUUACCAACGUCGGGACGCCGUGUGUGACCGUCGCUGUCGUUUCAGUUACUAACGGACCGUGUGAUCGUUCGCAUUGCAGGCUGUGAAGCGCGAGAAUUGUGCGAGAGAGAGAGAGAGAGAGAGAGAGAGAGAGCGAGAGAAAGAGAAAGAAAAAAGAAAAAUAAAGAGGUGAGAUAGGAAUCGUAGCGAGCGGGGAACAUAAGAAAGAACCGUCGUGCAUAGAAGGAGGAGAAAGAAAUAAAAGUGGAAAAGGAAGGUGAAAAAUAGAGAGGAAGAGUCGAGCGAGAGGGAAAGGGGAAGGGAAAAAAGGGAGAGAAAGAGAGAAAGUACGUUGCGAGCCAUGCUGCAUGGUCUCGCCUGAACAAAGGAAGGCUCCCUCAACCCGAGGGUCGUUUCCGAUCGACGAACCGUCGGUCCCCCUUCGUUUGCCUUCGGCGCGCCUCGUGCGGUGUGUCUAGUAAAGGCAGCAAACGGUCAGUAACGCAGCAGCGGCCGAGCCGUAAGGAACGAAGAACGGAAGAAGCAGACUACUACGAACAUUGAAAGAAAAAGCGUGCAUCGGUGCACCGGCUUGCCGGUGAAAACAAAGAAAACAGGCAAACGGCGAAAUAAUAUCGUGCUCGCCUUGCCGGAAGUUAGUUGGCCACGAUUUCGCUUUUAAGUGGAGAAAGUGGAGGAAAUUUCCUGUUCCUAUCAAAAUCUUUUUUACCGAAAUCGGCUCGGUUUUGUGUACGUUGCAAAGUCGUUCUCGCGUAUCGUUUCGCUGGAAAUCAACGCCGAAACUCGACCUAAGUGCUAAACAAAUACGGCGUUGUUCGCGCGUGUGUAUUUCUCAAGGUGCUCUCGUUCUCGCGUUCCGAAGCCUGUGGGUCGAACGACAAUCUCGAACGGCGACGGACAAAAAUUGGAUUUUCCGUUGGCAGUUUUGUGCUCGCGUAGUUAACCUAACCGGCAACCUAACCUAACGACCGUUGUGUAAGGGGGGUAGGCGCGCAAUUAUCCGCGAUUAAUCGUUACGCGUACGUGUCGAGAAACCGAUCUUGAUGCGCGUGUCACUUGAGCGUGCUAAAUGGUGGAACAGAGUAGCUGAAUAAGAACGAAAGUGACUACGAGAGAUAGAUCUUUCCUCGAUUAUAGUACGCCGGCUCUUCGUUUCCCUUUAUUUUUCCUCCUUGCUACGUUUUUGUGUGACAUGUGCCACCAGUACACGGUGCAUGCUUGAAUCGAAGGAUUCUCUGAUCGCAAAGCAGUAUUCUUCCGUUCGACUACGUACGGAUUAUCCUCGUAUUUACGGUGAGUGAGUCCUGCACUGUUGUUGAUCGAGGUGCUGCUUCGAAACUAUAAGUCUGCGAGAGCCUAUAUGUGAGAUCUACAAGGCUUACGCAUUGAGGGGAUGCCGGUUGACUGAAGAUGGCCUCGCCGACACUCUCGCUGGAAUCGCGCGCGAAUUCCAUCGGUUCCCUAGCCUCGCUGUCCCCGCUUACAGUGAGCGGCAGUUCCCCGCCUGCGAGCGACUCUGCGAUCUGUGACGUCGAUAGCUGCGACCUUUGUCUCGACUCGCAGAAACCUGGAGAGGCACCCUGUCCGCGGUGCCGAUUAGGAGGCGCCGGUGGAGUUCGUUGUACCGGUUGCAAGUCCACGGAAUCCGACGCUGUAGCUCGUUGCUUCGACUGUGCGAAUUUUCUCUGCCCAAACUGCGUGAUGGCGCACCAAUUUAUGCAUUGCUUCGAGGGCCAUCGCGUGCUCAAUCUAGGCGACUCGAAGCUCGAGACGGUGACCACCAGCUCCGCUACCACCGAACUCCCUAAGAACAAUCUGGUGAUCAAUCUUCACGCUAGCGGAAACAGCGAAAAAGUACCUUACUGUCCCCGGCACAAGCAGGAGCAAAAAUACUUUUGUCGUACUUGCACGGCGCUAGUCUGCAAAGAGUGCGCCAUUUCCGAUCAUCCUGGCCCGUUGCAUGACUGCGCGCACAUCUCCGAGGUAGGGACGCAGCAGCUGGAGGCGAUGGCACGAGUGGUUCAAGAGUGUAAAGCGAAAGCCGCGGACGUGAGAGCCGCGGUGAAGGCGGCCGACCACGGCUCAGCCCGGCUACAAGUGCAGUAUCACAAGGCGCAGAACGAGAUCAACGACACUUUCCAGUUCUAUCGAUCGAUGCUGGAAGAACGUAAGCAAGAACUGCUGAAGGAGCUGGAAUCGGUCUUCUCCACGAAACAAAUAUCUCUCGGCGUUGUGUCGCAGAAAGCCAACGACAUGGCCGACAAGAUGCUGCAGACGUGCGAGUUCGUCGAACGACUGACCAAAUACGCCACCGUUACCGAGGUGCUGAUGGUGAAGAAGCUUCUCGAUUCGAAGCUACAGCUGCUGCUCAGUUACACGCCGGACAUUGUCGGUCAGACCGCCGACCUCGAGUUCGUUAGCAAUUACCAGGCCAUUCAAGUAGGCGUGCGAAACACGUUCGGCUACGUUCGAAGCAACAACGAGAACAACGCCGGACCGAUCGGUAAACAGCCACCUAUCGCCCGACCGACAGCAAUGUCGAACAACGGGAACGGCGGAAGCAACGCAAACGGUGGAUCUAGUAGCAUCGGUACUUUGGGAGGUUUGCUGCUGGAUCGAUCUUACAGCAACGGCCUGAUAUCCUCCGGUUCUACCUGCGCUUCGUCCACGUCGCCAUCGUCCUUCGAGUCCAAUAGCACGGUGAUCACGAAGCGUUUCAGCUCGGCCAACAGCCUAGGCCCGUUCCCCGCCACGAUCAGCGAUCUCAGUUUGAACGGUAUAAACGCGAACCCCUACGAGAAAUGGAGCAACGGAGGCAGCGACGCCUUUCCGGUGGUGUCCACGAACGAUCACUUUCCAAUGGCGACGUCCGUCGUCGUGGCAGCGAACGCCGCGUCCACCGAUCCCGUUCUAGACCUGACGUCGAAACUGAUGUCCGCCGCGGUGAUAUUCCCGCCAAAGUCGCAGAUCAAGCGACAAAAGAUGAUCUAUCAUUGCAAGUUUGGCGAGUUCGGUGUAAUGGAAGGACAGUUCACCGAGCCGUCCGGGGUUGCGGUGAACGCGCAGAACGACAUUAUCGUGGCCGACACGAACAAUCAUCGGAUCCAGAUAUUCGACAAAGAAGGUAGAUUUAAAUUCCAAUUCGGCGAGUGUGGAAAACGCGACGGUCAGUUGCUGUACCCGAACCGAGUGGCCGUGGUGAAAACGUCCGGCGACAUAAUCGUUACCGAACGCUCGCCGACCCAUCAGAUACAGAUAUACAACCAGUACGGUCAGUUCGUGCGUAAAUUUGGAGCGAACAUCUUGCAGCAUCCGCGCGGUGUAACGGUCGACUCGAAGGGACGCAUAGUCGUCGUGGAAUGCAAAGUGAUGCGCGUGAUAAUAUUCGACCAGACCGGCAACGUGCUGCAGAAGUUCGGAUGCUCGAAACACCUGGAGUUUCCAAACGGAGUGGUGGUGAACGACAAGCAGGAGAUCUUCAUCAGCGACAAUCGCGCUCAUUGCGUGAAGGUGUUCAAUUACGAGGGCGCCUAUCUGCGACAGAUCGGCGGAGAAGGGAUCACCAACUACCCGAUCGGGGUAGGGAUCAACGCCGUCGGCGAGAUACUGAUAGCAGACAAUCACAAUAACUUCAAUCUGACCAUCUUCACUCAAGACGGUCAACUGGUUUCCGCUCUCGAGAGCAAGGUCAAGCAUGCCCAAUGUUUCGAUGUGGCUUUAAUGGACGACGGAUCGGUCGUGCUAGCCAGCAAGGAUUAUCGACUCUACAUUUAUCGUUACGUACAAGUACCGCCGAUCGGCAUGUAGACCAGCGACAAAUCACGACGCCGACAACGAUCGUCUGUCGUCGUUUUCAUUGUUGUCGUUGUCGUAGUCGUAGUCGUUGUCGUUUUUAUCGCCAUCCUUUCGACGGCCACACAGCCACGAUCUCAUGGAUCUUUUUUUACUUACACUUGCCUAUCUUCUUCUUCACUCACCUACCAUCACCGCUCGCGCUCACUUUACCUAUCCAUCUUCGCCCGCUCGAACCACCUCACUUCCGUUUACGAAACUCCGAUUACGAGACGAAACAACAAGAUGCAAGCGUACGCGAGCGAACACGCGUUCACCCGACAGCUGUCGAAAUUUCAGACGAUGACAGGCCUUAUUUACACGGACAUGGGCGCGUACGCGCGUGCGACCAAACUGCGCGCCGACUAGACACGAUAACCAGCGAACGAGUUGCCUUCUCUGUCGCUUUCGGACAGGCGUGACGUCUUUCACGCGGGUACGCGCUUCGGACGAUUAAACGCGACGAUUAAACGCGACGAUUAAACGCGACGAUUCUUCGAACGAGGAUUCGAGGGUUUGACGAGAGAAAAAAAGACGGGAAAGAAAAACCGAUGCUGAAUUUAUGGAAACUCGUAGGGCACUCGACAGCGAAUGGGCGUUUCGUGACACGCACGCGUGCAAAUCUCUUGAAAACGCGUACGCGCACCCAUCGGAUGCUCGUACGAAAUGGAGAAACACAGGCGAGUUUGGAACGCCGAUUUUGUUGCGUGCGGAACGUAGCCGCGCGCGCAUGAAAAAUGGAAAGUCACACGAGACGUGUAGGCGCAUACACGCAGAAAAAUUACUUGUUAAUGUUGUUAUAACUGAAAAUACUGUUGUUGUUGUUUAGUUGUAGAGCUCGCCGCCGCUAGUCACUCCAUCCUCAACCUCACCACUCUUAUUACCCUUCAGCCUCUCCCAUUUUACUCCCUAUCUGUCAGUUCUUGUCGGUUACGUCUCCCUUUUUCCUAUGAAAAAUACGAAAAUACACAGGCCGCGUCUCAGUUUCUGUAACAUCGAAACUUUGUCGGUACGUUCCACGCAUCUAAACAGGAAAACGAUGUUACGUGAACAUGGGUCGCUUAAAACUUUGCCGAAAAAUUACGACGAAAAUACUAGAUACUCGCGGUUGCUGGUUGCAACGCGUAAACGUAUCAUCUCCAUCUAUUUAUGAGAAUUACGUUUACGAGAUUUCUCUCCGAGAUAUGGUAUAAUCGCGCUUAAGUUUCUUGACGAUACAAAAUCGAGAGUAUUCGAAGAUAUGCGAAUCAUCGAUCUG